AUGGGGAGUAAGGUCAGCGACCACCACUUGUCCACAAUCCGAUCCAUUGUCGGUUCCGAAUUCUCAGACAUGGAAAUCAUCAGAGCCCUCCAUAUGGCCAAAAACGACAUCACUGGGGCCAUCAACAUCAUUUUCGACGCUCACACCGUCCCAAGAUUCAAUCCCACGCCCCCCAACAAUGCACGUUCAGUUUCGCCUCUAAAACCCUCUCCUCCUACUCCAAUUGUCACCAAGCCUAGCUUCAGUGAACCACCAAGUGAUGAUAACAGCGAUUAUUGGUGGUUAGUGAGUUGCGGCGAAGUAACUGGUUUAUCCACAUGUAAAGGGAGAAUUAUAAGUUCCGGCGAGAGGGUGAUUUUCAAGUUUCCAACGAAGAAACUCUCCUCUUCGCCCUCUCCGGGGAGGGGUUUUGGACGGGCUGCGAAGUGUUCGGAGAUAGUUCGGUUCUCCACUGAACAAGCUGGGGAGGUUGUGUGGGUCUUGAUUGGGAGAAUACCGAACGAAUGGGCUCGGUGUCUUUUGCCUCUGGUGCGGGAUCAUAAGGUUAGGAUUGAGGGGCAGUGUAAAUUGGCUCCUCAAGUUUUGGGCAUUAUGGACUCUAUUAUUUUGUCAGUGAGUGUAUUUAUCAAUAGUUCAAUGUUUGGUAAGCAUCACCAGGUUUCUCUCAAGGAUGCUGCCAACUCGACUGAUGAAUCAGUUUUUCAUCCGCUACCAACCCUGUUUCGGUUGCUGGGUUUAAAUCCUUUUAAAAAGCUUUUGUUGUUGGAUAAGGCAGAGUUAACUCCAGGUGAUUUCUACUCCAACAAGCGUCCUCUCAGUGAAAGGGUAACAUUAUUACAUGCCAAGUGUGAGCAUCCUUCUCAAAAUGGUCAUGAGAAUGACAAUGAAGAUUCUAUUUCUGAGAUUGAUGUUGAGAACAUUGUUGGUGUUGAAUCAAGUGCAGAAUUAGAGGAAAUGGACCCUCCUGUUAAUCUUCUGUGUGAUCUGCGGCCCUAUCAAAAGCAGGCACUUUACUGGAUGAUCCAGAUGGAGAAGGGACAAUGUAUGGAUGAGACAGCAACAACCCUCCAUCCAUGUUGGGAGGCAUAUCGUCUGGUUGACAAGAGGGAGCUUGUUAUUUACUUGAAUGCAUUUUCUGGUGAAGCCACAACUGAAUUUCCCAGCACCCUUCAAAUGGCUAGAGGAGGAAUUUUGGCAGAUGCUAUGGGGCUUGGAAAGACCAUCAUGACCAUAUCCCUUCUCGUUGCCCAUUCAGGAAAGGGUGAAUCAAUAGGUAGUCAACCCAUAACCAAGUCCUUUACUGAAGGUGUUGAAGGUAGCGAUACAAUGACCAAUUUUUCCAACAUACCUAAAAAGGCAACCAAAUUGUCUGGUUUUGAUAAAACGACAAAGCAAAAAAAUUCUCUAACAAGUGGUGGCAACUUGAUAAUAUGUCCCAUGACUCUACUUGGGCAAUGGAAGGCAGAGAUUGAAACUCAUGUGCACCCUGGGUCUCUGUCUCUUUAUGUCCACUAUGGACAAUGUAGGCCAAAAGAUGCAAAAAGUCUCGUUCAAAGUGAUGUUGUAAUUACUACAUAUGGAAUUUUGGCCUCUGAAUUUUCCAGUGAGGUAGUUGAAACCAGUAUACUAUCUCUGAAUGCAGAUGAUAACAGUGGACUCUUCUCAAUUCGGUGGUUUAGAGUGGUUCUUGAUGAAGCACAUACCAUAAAAUCUUCGAAAAGCCAAGUUUCUGUUGCAACUGCUGCCCUAAUUGCUGACAGACGUUGGUGUCUAACAGGCACUCCAAUUCAGAACAGCCUUGAAGAUAUUUACAGUCUUCUGCGGUUUCUGAGAAUAGAGCCUUGGGGUCAUUGGGCCUGGUGGAACAAACUAAUUCAGAAACCAUUUGAGGGUGGUGAUGAAAGAGGGCUCAAGUUAGUUCAAUCAAUUUUAAAGCCAAUCAUGUUGAGGAGAACCAAAUAUAGCACAGAUCGAGAGGGAAAGCCCAUUCUUGUUCUGCCUCCGGCUGAUAUGCAGGUAAUUUACUGUGAACAAACAGAAGCUGAAAAGGACUUCUACGAAGCUCUAUUCAAAAGAUCUAAGGUAAAAUUUGACCAGUUCGUUGAGCAAGGACGAGUUCUUCAUAAUUAUGCUUCAAUAUUGGAGUUACUUUUACGCCUUCGGCAGUGUUGUGAUCAUCCAUUUCUUGUAAUGAGUCGAGGUGAUACUCAAGAAUUUGGGGAUCUAAACAAACUAGCUAAGCGCUUCCUUAGAGGAACAUAUAAUGCUUUAGAUGGCGAAGUAAAAGAUGCACCUUCACGGGCUUAUGUUGAAGAAGUUGUGGAAGAGCUACGGAAAGGGGAGCAAGGAGAGUGUCCAAUAUGCCUUGAAGCAUUUGAAGAUGCAGUGUUGACACCGUGUGCUCAUCGCAUGUGCCGGGAAUGCCUCUUGGCAAGUUUGAGAAAUGCUACUUCUGGCUUAUGUCCUGUUUGUAGGAAAGCAGUCAGCAGGCAGGAUCUUAUCACAGCCCCUACUGAGAAUCGGUUUCAGGUGGAUAUUGAGAAGAACUGGGUAGAGUCGUGCAAGGUAACUUUUCUUUUGGAUGAACUUAAAAAUCUCCGCUCAGCAGGCACCAAAAGCAUUGUUUUCAGCCAGUGGACUGCUUUCCUGGAUCUAUUGCAGAUCCCCUUCACUCGGAAUAACAUUUCAUUUGUUCGUCUUGAUGGGACUCUGAAUCUUCAGCAGCGGGAGAAAGUAAUCAAGCAAUUUUCAGAAGACAGCUCCACUCUGGUGUUGUUAAUGUCACUAAAAGCUGGUGGAGUGGGUAUAAAUCUAACUGCAGCUUCUAAUGCCUUUGUCAUGGUAUGUGCAAAUGACCCAUGGUGGAAUCCGGCUGUUGAGGAACAAGCUGUUAUGCGUAUUCAUCGCAUUGGACAAACAAAGAAGGUGGCCAUUAAACGUUUUAUUGUAAAGGGGACCGUUGAGGAGAGAAUGGAAGCAGUACAAGCACGUAAACAACGAAUGAUUUCUGGUGCCUUGACUGAUCAAGAAGUUCGUAGUGCACGAAUUGAGGAGAAAAACAGACACAUUACAGUUCGCAUUGUCACAGUAUCAUCAGUUUCUUUAUGCAAUCGCAAUAUGGCCGAGGGAUGUCAAUCCCAGGACAAACACCCUGCAUCGGAUGCAGAGCAAAGAGUGAAGAAGAGGGGUAGGCCUCCAUUGCUGCUUUCAUAUUCUUCUGUCAAGAGCAGAGGCCGAGGACGUCCUCCUAGUUUUACCGGACCUUUACCAACACAAGUUUCUAACGUUGAUUUGUGUUAUCGUCUUGUGGAUGAGCAGUUAAAAGGGUCUUGCAAGAAUUGCAUGCAGAUUAAUAGUCUGCAUUUGAUAGAAUACUACAAAGGAGGUGAUCCAUUUGAUAAAGACUUGGCAGCAAAGGUAUUAAAAUUUGCUAAAACAUGCUGUCAAACUGUUUGCGUACUUUCUGCUGUGGGUACCUUAUCAAGCGUUGUCCUUCGCAAGCCCGGUAAUCCAAGCACUCAUACUGUGAAAUGGGAGGGGCGCUUUGAUAUUUUGUCACUGUCUGGAACAUAUACCUUCAUCCCUGGUCAGGAUGAUGCAAAUGACGUACAUAACUGGUUGAACAUUUCACUAGCUAAGUGUAAUGGAAGUGUUUUUGGAGGUUCCGUUGUGGGUCCAAUGAUUGUGGCUGCCCCUGUUAGUCUAAUUCUUGCAAGUUUCAAGCUAAAGAGUAUGGAAAAUAUUAGAAGGCUCACAGCUCAGUCUACUGCUGCUGUUGCUUCUUCUGCUGCUGCUCCUGUUGCUUUUUCUUCCGCUGCUGCUCCUGUUGUUUUUUCUUCCGCUGCUGCUGCUAUUGCUUCUUCUUCUGCUGCUGCUACUUCUUCUUCUUCUGCUGCUGCUUCAUCUUCAGCUGCUGCUGCAGAUUUGUCCAGUCAUAAGGACGCAGAUACAGAAGCGGAUUCCGAUGAAUAUCUAUUGCUAGAUAGCAAAAAGAGUUGUGGUUCUCCAACAUCUGAACUUUUAGCAGAAACUGAUAAACCAUCAGAAGAGUGUGUCACUCUUAAAACAACUGAUAAACCAUCAGAGAGUGACACUUCUACCAUGAGAGAGCACACAGCUGGGUCUUCUCCUGUUGCAGAUUAUUCCACUUGUUUGGAUAUAGAUUUAGAAAAGGUUGCCUAUGCAAAUCCAUGUGAAGAAGGAGGCAAACAGAGUGGCUGUUCACCAACAUCUGGACUUUUACCAACAACUGAUGAAGCACCAGAGAAUGUCACUCCUAAAACAACUGAUAACCCACAGAACAAAGUAAGUUCUGAAACAACUGAUAAAUCCCCAGAGAAUGACACUUUUGCAUCAACUAGUAAAUCACCAGGGAAUGUCGUUGCAUCAACACCUGAUACAUUUCCCGUGAUGGUCUGCCCCAUCAGCCAAACAUCACCCGAUAUUCCUGAGAGUCCUCAGAUAUAA